AUGUUUAAACUAAUGUUUGUUGUAUUGUUUCUUGUCGGAGUUGCCCUAUGCAGCCCUCGGCCAAAUAAUGCAAUACCAGCAAGUACGAGUUCGCCUACAAGUACGACAAGUACAACAGUGGACGAAACCACAAAAGUUGCAUCAAAGCUGACUACAUUGAAAGAAAAAGUUCAGCUUACCAUUUUUUACGAGACGCUUUGUCCGUAUUCAAUAGAAUUCUUUGUUGAAAAAUUGGAGCCUGCUGUGCUAAAGUUGGGAUCAUAUUUAGACUUACAACUAGUACCAUAUGGAAAAGCCCAGACGAGCAAUGAAACGGAUUCCGAGGGCCGUUAUUCUUUCACCUGCCAGCAUGGGGCCCCAGAAUGCCGCGGUAACCUGGCACAUGCCUGCGCAAUCGACGUUCUACGUAAUAACACGCAUGCGGUCAUUUAUAACAGUUGUCUUAUGCAAAGUAGCUUCGAGUACUCUGAUCCUGAGGAUAUAACUAGGUGUGGUGUGUCUGAAAAGGUUCCCACAAAAAGUAUUAAUGAUAUCGGAAAGUGUAUCAAUGGCACGCGUGGUUCGACACUACUGAAGUCAUACGGCGAAAUAACUAAGGCAAAUAAGGUACUAUUUGUACCUCAUCUGAAGUUUGAUGGAUCUACGGAACAUGAACGCGAUGCCAGAAAUAAUUUAAUUACCGUAGUCUGUAAUUUGCUAAAUCCACAGCCACCGGCGUGUCAUAGUACUUAA